AUGAGGAGGGAUAAUCAGAGCAGUGUGUCCGAGUUCCUCCUCCUGGGGCUCCCCAUCCAGCCAGAGCAGCAAGGCAUGUACUACGCCCUGUUCCUUGGCAUGUACCUGACCACGGUGCUGGGGAACCUGCUCAUCAUCCUGCUCAUCAGGCUGGACUCUCGCCUCCACACCCCCAUGUACUUCUUCCUCAGCCACUUGGCCCUCACUGACAUCUCUUUCUCCUCAGUCACAGCUCCAAAGAUGCUCAUGAACAUGCUGACGCACACUCAAUCCAUCUCCUAUGUUGGGUGCAUUUCCCAGGUAUAUUUUUUCUUAUUUUUUGCAGAUCUCGACAGCUUCCUUCUGACCUCAAUGGCCUAUGACAGAUAUGUGGCCAUCUGUCACCCUCUCCACUACACCACCAUCAUGAGUCAGAACCUCUGUUUCCUCCUAGUAAUUGGGUCCUGGGUCUUGUCCUUUGCUGGUGCCCUUGUUCACACCCUCCUCCUAGCCCGUCUGUCCUUCUGUGGAGACAACACCAUUCACCACUUCUUCUGUGACCUCUCUGCCUUAGUGAAGCUCUCCAGCUCAGACACCACCAUUAAUGAGCUAGUUAUCUUUAUUGUAGGGUCAAUGGUCAUCACUCUGCCAUUCAUAUGUGUUCUGGUCUCUUAUGGCCACAUUGGGGCCACCAUCCUGAGAAGACCCUCCAUCAAGGGCAUCUGCAAAGCCUUCUCCACAUGUGGCUCCCACCUCUCUGUGGUUUCUCUGUACUAUGGAGCCAUUAUUGGACUUUACUUUGUCCCCUCAUCCAAUAGCAAUAAAGACAAAGAUGUCAUUGUGUCUGUGCUGUACACUCUGGUCACCCCCAUGCUGAAUCCCUUCAUCUACAGUCUGAGGAAUCGGGAUAUGAAAGGAGCUCUGAUUAGAGAAUACUGUAAAAAGAAACCUUCAUUAAACAAUCUCUAG